CACCCGAACAAGCUAAAUUGCAAGCAUUGCUACGCUGACAUCAGCUUCAAUGUCAACUUCUAUUCUCCCCCAGUAACGCUGUGCUGUAGUGUGCUGCCCUUCUGUAAUGGGAAGAGUGGAAAUGCUUGCGUUGGCUUGCUUUGCGGCAGUCCUAGUGACUCGCGUGAAAUCGGCGGGACGCGAUUAUUGCGAGCUAGACUUGAUAGGAACCAACUUUGAUUAUAUGCCGGACGCCUGGGAGAUAAUUCAGAAAAAUAACACCAACUUUCACCUAAUGUUUGUAUCUAAAAAAACGCUGGAUCACGCAAACUAUAAGUGCCUAACGACGACAUUAAAAAAGAAAGUUCCACAGAGAAAAUGGCGAACCGAGCUCUUCUACACUACUCUUGUCAACAGCACCGCAGUGAAAAUGUCAUCAGUAAUAUUGGAAACGAAGAAGUCAAGUAAAUGUUACGUCUUUGACAACGUACUAAGAGCCUACGAUCCAGAAGGUUCAAAAAUACGGCGCUUCAACAGCAAGAUUAUCUACGCGGACCUAAAAACCUGCAUAUUGCUCUGGUCACGGAGUUUUGGGUACCAUGUCUGGGCCGAACGAAAGUACGUCGAAAAGCAUCAAGCAGUUCCAUACAUAUGCGUGCUACUGUACGAAAUAUACGCCGGUAUACCGAAACACUGGAUUUACGACUGGGAUGUAUGCCCCAAGAGCACGAGCAAGAUUUGAUAAAGCACCUCGCAUGCACAAAAAGAACUUACGUGUGCGCGUCGUUGCUUUCAAUAAAACCCAGA